GUUCCAUAAUCCUCCCACAGCGCUCAGAUCCCUGCAGGACUUCACGGUUCUUCUUCUGUGGGACGCUGCCGGACCCUCGCUAACUUCUCAGGAUGUUGAGCUGGGUGGCUAAAGUCGUUCCGCAGCCGCCGGAGCCUCCGCCAAAAAAUGUUGAAGAGCAGAAACUGGGGAAACCAGUGACCACGCCCCCUGCGGAGAAGAAAGUGACAUUUCUAGAUGAGAGCAAACAGCAGGCUCAAAAAGAUGGCAAACCCAAACAGGAAGUACAGGCGGCGGAGAGCGGCCCGGAGCCUGUCGCUCAGUCCGGAGUGUUUACGUGGUUCAACGCCACUUUGCCGAAACCUGCACUCCCACCAAACCUGAGCCGGGCCAACUCCGUCGAGAAGGAGCAAAACACAACAACCAGGAAAGGGAUGAUGGCCUGGAUCUCUGAGGGUUUGGAGAAAGUCGUUCCUCAGCCCGACCUGAAGAAGGAAACCCCAGCAGAGCCUGAGCAGCACACUGAGGUGUCGGUGGCAGCACCUGCAAAACCUGCAGAGCCUCAGAUCAAUGUGGAGGAGCGAGAGGAACACACUGACAACAGACUCCUCCCCCCCAGGAUGAUAGACUGGAUCAAACAAGGUUUAGAGAAAGUCGUCCCUCAGCCGAAGACAGACAUCAUGGAAAAGACUGAAGCUCCUGCUGUAGCAAAAGCACCAGAACCGGCUCCAGAAACAAAAGCAGCUCCUGAAAUUGAGAAGUCUUCAAAGGAAGGAGAGAUGCAGGCCAAUAUUAUGGGAUGGGUCGGCCGCAUGCUUCCUCAGCCUGCUCUGAGGCUGGACGCCGGCUGUGACCAGGUGCAGAACAUCAGCAUCGCGCAGAAGGAGAGCGAUCUGGUGCUGGAGGACAUGGAGGAGGACGUGGAGGAGGACGUGGAAGAGGACGUGGAGGAGGACGUGGAAGAGGACGUGGAGGAGGACGUGGAGGAGGACGUGGAAGAGGAAAAGGACGAGAACAUCGACGACAAGCAGAAUGAGAAGAAGUUGGAAUGCAGAAACGCAGAGACCCAGGUGGAUCAAUCCCCUCCAGUGAUGGACAGCGCCAAGGAGGAGGCUGAAGAGGAGGGUCAGGACAACAUGGAGGAAAGGCUUCAGCAGCACCAGCUGGAGGAGGCUCGCGUCGCAGAGGAGAUCGCCAGGACGGCAGCGGAGGAGGCCGUCCGGCAGCUGGAGGCGGAGCAGUCGGCUAAACUCGUUGUAGAGACAGUGCCAGUGUGCAACGAGCCACUACCCAACAUCCAGGAGGAGGAAAACGAGGAACCAAAGAGUCUGAAGGAGGUCAGUCCAGCUGAAGAAGAGACUCCUCCUCCUCCGUCAACUCAUGUGGAGCCGGCAUCGGAGAAGAAAGAUCUGGAAAGUCCCGAACAGAUCAUCCCAGAGCCAGAGUCACAACCUCCAGAAACCCCCCCCACACUUCAGGUCGAAGCUGCAGAAAGUGAAUGUGGAGUUCCCGAGGUUUGUAUCCCGAUAAAGAGUUUUCUGCUUCGGUUCCCGCUCGCUGUUGAGUGCCUGGAGCGCGGCAGGAAGUUGAUGCACGACCAUAACCUGGCCCCCCCCCACGCUGUCCAUGCCGACCCCCCCUCCGGAGCUCGCCAUGCUGACCCAGGAGCUGCAGCAGCUUUCCUCACAGGAAGCGGUGCUCAGGGUUUGGGUGGAGCUCCAGUGCUGAGGGUGGAGGAUGUGGACUGGGAGGAAGGGCAGGAAACAAACCUGAACAUCCCCCGAAUUAUCACAACUCCAGAACCAGAGCUCAGCACCCCUAUGUCACACCUCAGCGCUGCAGGUGUGGAAGAUGAUGCAGUGAUGAAGGCCGAUCGAGAGGACAAUGAGAUGCGUCCUCCGUCCUUACCGGGCGUGGGCAGCGUGUUGCUUCAGGAGCGUCUGCUGCAGCUGGUCCGGAUGUUCAAAGGUCGAGCGGAGCGUCAGAAGGAGCGUCUUCUGGACCUGGACGAGUCCGAGGAGGACAGUCCUCCAGCCACUCCGAGCAAACCCCCCCCUCCUCCUCCUCCUCCCCCAGAGGACCCGCCUGCAGAAGAAGAUGAAGAUGAGGAGGAGGAAGAGGAGGAGUUUUUUCUCCCCUUUGACAUUUUGGGGCAUCCGGUGAAAAUCCCCAAACUCCCCGUGAUGCCGGACUGGCUCCGAGCCGUCGCUGCGUACCGCUUCCCCUCCAGCAUCGACCAAUUCACCGAUUCGAUCUAUGUGAUCUGGCUGUUCUUCGUAGUGGCGGCGUGGAACUGGAAUGUUUGGUUGAUCCCGGUGCGCUGGGCGUUCCCGUACCAAACCGCCGCUAACGUCCACCUGUGGCUAAUGGCCGACUACACCUGCGACUUAAUCUACAUCACCGACAUCCUCGUCUUCCAGCCACGCCUGCAGUUCGUCCGCGGAGGAGACAUCGUGUGUGACAAAAAGGACAUGAGAGAAAACUACAUGAAGACUGAGAGAUUUAAGAUGGACGUCCUCAGUCUGUUUCCCCUGGAGAUUCUUUACUAUUUCACCGGAGUGAACUCCCUGCUCAGAUUCCCUCGUAUGCUGAAGUACAUGGCUUUCUUUGAGUUCAACGACCGAAUGGAGGCCGUGAUGAAGAAAGCGUACAUCUACAGGGUGAUCCGGACCUCCACCUACCUGCUAUACUCUCUGCACAUCAACGCCUGCCUCUUCUACGUGGGCUCCGACUACGAAGGACUGGGCUCCACCAAGUGGGUCUACGAUGGAAAAGGCAACGCUUAUAUCCGCUGCUAUUACUUUGCGGUGAAGACGUUGAUCACCAUCGGAGGACUGCCGGACCCGACCACCGUCUUCGAGAUCUACUUCCAGCUCAUCAACUACUUCGUGGGCGUCUUUGCGUUUUCCAUCAUGAUCGGGCAGAUGAGGGAUGUGGUCGGGGCCGCCACGGCCGGAGAGAACUACUACCGAGCGACUAUGGACAGCACGAUGAAGUACAUGAACUCUUACAACAUCCCCGCACCCGUCCAGAACCGCAUCCGCACCUGGUACGAUUACACCUGGAAGAGCCAGGGCAUGCUGGAUGAACAGGAGCUCCUGGUGCAGCUUCCUGUAAAGAUGAGGCUGGACAUCGCUGUGGACGUCAACUACGCCAUCAUCAGUAAAGUGGCCCUGUUCCAGGGCUGUGACAGACAGAUGAUGUUCGACUUGCUGACCAGACUCAAAUCUGUCGUCUACCUGCCCGGAGACUUCGUCUGUGUGAAGGGGGAGAUAGGGCGUCAGAUGUACAUCAUCCAGCAGGGGGCGGUGCAGGUGGUGGGGGGUCCUGACCUGCAGACGGUGUUCGUCACCAUCAGAGCGGGCGCUGUGUUCGGGGAGAUCAGUUUGCUGGCGGGAGGCGGGGGUAACCGGCGCACGGCCGACGUGAGGGCGCACGGCUUCGCUAACCUCUUCAUCCUCGACAAGAAGGACCUGGCAGAGAUCCUGGUGCACUACCCCGAGUCCCAGAAACUCCUCCGCAAGAAGGCCAAGACGAUGCUGUCCAAGGAUAAGAAGCCGGACGAGAAGGUCAAAGAGGUCGUCCCGCCCCGAGCAGAAACCCCCAAACUGUUCUCGGCGAUGCUGAAGAUGUCGCAGCAGCAAGGACUCCAGGGAACCUUCAGCACUCUGAGGAAGACCUUCAAAACCUCUGAAGGCACCGCAGAG